AUGCAUGACAAAAUUCACAAUGCACAUUUAGGUAUUGAGAAAUGUACACAAAGAGCUAAGGAGAUAAUGUUUUGGCCAAAAAUGUUUAAUGACAUAAAACAGAGAGUUAUGGAAUGCCCAGUAUGUCUUGAACAUCGGUCAGAAAAUGUGAAAGAACCUAUGAUUCAAACACCUUUGCCUGAUAGGCCAUGGCAGACAGUUGCAACCAACAUAUUUACAUGGCAAGGUAAAGAUUUCAUUGUUCUAGUUGAUUACUACAGCAGGUACUUUGAGCUUAGUCAGUUAACAAGCAAAAGAGCUCAAAAUAUUAUCCAGAAACUGAAAAGCUACUUCAGUAGACAUGGAAUACCUGAAACCCUGAUAAGUGACAAUGCUAGCUAUUACACGUGUCAAAGCUUUGCUGGUUGUGCUAGAGAAUGGGAUUUUAGCAACAGAACGUCAAGUCCAACGUAUAGCCAAAGUAACGGCCUUGCAGAAAAAUUUGUUUCUAUUUUCAAAAAUCUGCUUACUAAGUCCACACAGGCUGGUACGGAUCCCUACAUAGCACUUCUUGAGUAUAGGAAUACCCCUUUAGCUUGUGACAAGACACCUGCACAGUUGCUUAUGUCUAGACAGCUAAGGUCAAUUUUACCAGUAAUGGAUUCAAACCUUGAACCCAGAAUACCAGACAAAUCGAGUGUCCGAAACAAAAUGCUGAACAUAAAAAACAGGUCAAAAUUUUAUUAUGAAAGAUCUGCCAAACCUAUGGAAUCCCUUGAAAAAGUAGUAGGUAUUAGGAUAAGACAAGGUAAAACUUGGCAACCCGCUGUAGGUUCUAGUAGUUUCUAG